AGGAAAGAGAGGGGUGAACCUCCUGAAAGACAUAAAUAGGCGAAAGAGGACUUGGAGCGUCGCAGUCACUCUUCCCGACAGCCACAUCCACUGCUCUCCUCUCCCCUUCUCCUCACCUCCAGCCCUCCUCUCCACACAUCUGCUGCAACCCUUCAUUCAUCUGGAACCCUGAGCAAAACCAGUCCUUCACCCUCCCCCAAAUCAGCCCUCAUUAUCAUGGACACUGCAAAGAACAUCCUCUCCAUCUCUGAGGCGCUCUACCAUCUGAUCCUCAUGAUGCUGACACUGGGCAAAGGUGUUCAUUCAAUGCCUGUUCCUACUGAUGUCCCCAUGUGCACAGCCUCAGAAACCGCCCAGUACAGCCUAACAUUUACCGGCAAGUGGACCCAGGCAGCUUUCCCUAAGCAGUAUCCUGUCUACCGCCCCCCUGCACAGUGGUCAAACCUUAUUGGGGUGACCCACAGCUCUGAUUACCACAUGUGGCAGCGUAAUGAGUUCGCCAGCAACGGAGUGAGGGAGUUUGCAGAGAAAGGCGAAGCCUGGAUGCUCAUGAAGGAAGUCGAAGAGGCCGGCAAGCGCAUCCAGAGUGUUUAUGGGAUCCUCUCCGCUCCCGCUGUUGUGGGAGGAACAGGCCAGAUGAACACUGUGUUUGAGGUCUUCGCCAGGCACUCCUAUCUGUCGUUUAUCGUGCGUAUCGUUCCAAGCCCAGACUGGUUUGUGGGUGUGGACAGUGUUGAUCUGUGUGAGGGUGACCACUGGAAAGAGAAUGUGUCACUGGAGCUUUUCCCAUACGAUGCAGGAACUGAUAGCGGGUUCACCUUCUCCUCUCCUAACUUUGAAACCAUCCCGCAGGACAAAAUCACACAGAUCACUUCGUCCUUCCCUAGCCACCCUGCCAACUCCUUUUACUACCCCCGCCUGAAGCACCUCCCACCCAUCGCCAAAGUAACACUGACCAAGAUAAAGAAGACCAAUCAGAUCAUCAGCCUGCCUGUGGAGCCCACCCAGUCCAACCAACUGCCAACAGGAAAUGAGAUUGAAGACAAGCUCAUAAAUACCCCUCUGGACUGCGAGGUGUCAGUGUGGUCUCCCUGGGGCUUGUGCAAAGGCAAGUGUGGAGACUCGGGCGUGCAGCACCGCACACGCUACAUCCUCAUGCAUCCGGCUAACAAUGGAGCAGCCUGCCCCCUGCUGGAGGAAGAACGGAAGUGCUUCCCGGACAACUGCUUAUGACUAGGCCAGGAAAGGAGGGAGAAGAAAGAGAGGAAGGAGAGGAGGGAGAAGAAAGAGAAGAAAGACAGGAAAGGGAGGAAGGGACGAAGACGGAGAAACAACAGUAAAAGGUCUGCAGUGUAUUCACAUGAGGCAUAAAUACGACGAACCAGAGCCCUUCUUUCCUUCCUGGCUAUGCCCUCUUUCUGUGGAAAUGACUAAUGUACUGAUUGAUUCUCUAACUGUAAAAUUGGGAGAGUGAGACUGCAAAAGAAAAUCUCAUCCUCAAGUCACACUGAUAAAUCUGGUAGCACUAGAGAGGUGUAGUUUGGCAAAAUAGUCAUUAGACACCAAUUUAGUUUUGGCAGAUUAUCAAAACUGUCUGGGGAUAGAACAAUGCUGUUUUAAACAAAACAUUAACUAAAAACACAAUUUCACAUUAUAAUUGGGUUUGAGUUGGCAUUUCUGAAGAUCACAGAGAUCUAAUAUCCUCAUGUCCAAGAAAUACAUAAAAGAAAAUCCAAAUAAUAUCAGCUCCAGCACAGUGGAAAAAAUGAUUCCUCAGUAUUUCCAUUAGCUUAAGUAGUACCAGCAGAAAAGUCAGACAUAGAUAUUAAUAUACAGGAUUCUAAAUAAUGCCGCAUUCAAAACAUAAUGUUUACAGAGACGUUGUGGUUAUUUUCCUGUAGACAAAGAAUAUAUUUAUUGACAGGAUUUUAACCUGUAGUGUACAGUAUAUUAAAUCUGAUAUAAUAAUUUGUAGUCCUUUAUGUUAAUGAGAUACUAGUUCAAUCCAGGAAACAAGUUUUUGUUACAAAAUACUAAAAAUGUACAAAAAAAUGUGUGUUCUGUAUGAUCAAUAAA